AUGGACGAAUACACGGCGGAAGCCUUUGCCAACCGCGAUGAGCCUAUCCCAGUCAUCGCUCGCUCGACGACCAAUGUCAACGGCUCAUCCUCCGAUGCAGAUGGUGAAGGCAGAAGACAAAGGCUCAGGAGCCUAGUAUCACCAUCCCCUACAAAACAUAAGCCCAUUCAGAUCAGCAUUGCUGAGCAAGAAAGGGAGGAGACACCGGUGACCCCCAGCCUAAGGACAUCUAUCCAGGACCGCCUGUUUUCGAGUCUACUCCGACAAGUUGUGCCUACGGAUGACCCAGAUGAAGACUCAUCUGCCACCCCAAUUGACCCUCGCUCGACUAUCUACGUCUCACGUCCGGCAUUCAGCCUACCAGUGAUGACCAAUAACUUUCGACGUUUCAAUGCGCGGAUCGGCAUCGUCUUCGUCUUCCAGAACCGGCUCAUCCGCCUGUUCACCUGGCGGACACCGUCGCACACUCUAUCCUUUCUCGCAACGUAUACGUUCGUCUGUCUAGAUCCCUACCUUCUAAUUGUCGUUCCCAUGGCCAUUGCCUUGUUUUACAUCAUGAUCCCGGCCUUCACGUCCCGCCACCCUCCACCCCCCCCUGUGACCAGCGCAAGCAUGGCAAGAGAGUACCAUCAGGCUUUCACGGGUCCUGCACUUGCCCCAGCCACGGUGAUUAAACCGGCCAGCGAAACAUCGAAGGACUUCUUCCGCAACAUGCGCGACCUGCAGAACAGCAUGGCCGACUUCAGCAACGCCCACGACGCAUUGGUCAGCACGAUCGGGCCUGCCACGAAUUUCUCCGACGAGACGUUUUCAUCCCAGCUCUUCUUGUACCUCACCAUUCUGACGACCUUAUCAUUCAUCACCGCUCACCUCCUUCCUUGGCGCCUUAUCUUCCUUCUCACCGGCUGGAGCUUCACAAUCUCCUCCCAUCCCACAGCACAGACCUACCUCUUGAAGCUGCGGACACAGGCCGAGCAGCAGACAAACCUCGCCCUCAACGACGUGAAUCACAAGCAUCAGAAAUAUGUCCCCAAUACCGGCAUCCCUCUACCAGCCACGCCGCACGCCAUUCAGUCCUCCUUUGCCAAAUUUUCAGAAAUUACACUCUCCUCGACCCCGGAGACCAGGGAAGUCGAGAUCUUCGAGCUACAGCAUCGGCCCCUCUCAUCCAUUACAUCCGCCAAGAAGCCGGCGGCAGAGUGGCAACCCCACCUGUUCACGUCUCAGCCUUACGACCCUUUAUCUCCGGCUCGCAUAGCAGGCGACAGACCGCGCGGGACACGCUUCUUUGAGGAUGUCGAGCCACCGGAGGGGUGGGAGUGGGCGAGUAAGAAGUGGGAGCUGGAUCUGGAAGCCGGGGAGUGGGUGAAUGAGCGGUUAGUCAUCGGAGUGGAAUACGACGUCUUGAAUCAUGAUUCAGAGGAUGAUGAGGGGGAGCCCGUGGUUGCACAAACGACUACUGGGUGGACGGAUGACGGCAAGGACGGUGCUGGGACGAGGCUACGCCGGAUAAGCACCAAUCGAAGAGAGAGUAUCAAUGUCGACUUUGGCGGGUGGGUGUGGGAUCUGCCGCCCGCGCCCGGGUCAGGAGCAAACAGAGAAGAUGAUCUCUGGCUUGCUUAUGGCGAUUACGAGGUGCCGAAGGUCGGUGUGAGGAGCACGAGCAAGGAGGAAGAGAAGGCAAGGAAGAAGCGAGAAAAGGAGAAGGAGAAGCGCGGGAACAAGGAGAAGAGCGCGGUGAAGGAUAGCGAUUGGGAGGAGGCGGCGAGGAUGGAGAGUCGUGGGAGGACUGGUGAGUGGAGGAGACGACGGUGGGUGAGGCUGGUCAAGAGGAAGGUCACGACUUGA